AUGAGAAAGUAAGAAUGUAUUGCCAUUUUAAGAUAAUCCUAACAAAACGAGAUAAUUCCAGAACUGCAAUUUUUAUUAAGAUUAAAGGACACCAACUGUGCUUCCAUAUUAGUCAAACAUGGAGAUCAGGUUAUAAAUGGCUAAAAAUAUCAUUAUCAAAUCCUAUAGAGACAUGGUCCUUCGAUCAAGCUAGUUUACCAUUAUCUGUCCAAAAGCCUUCCUCUACCUCUACUGUGUCUCAUAGCCAUUUAAACUUUAACUUGUCUUGAAGCCAUCCACAGAAAUUAAAUAGUUCAUAGGAAUAUUCGACCGAAAAAAUUAUUGCUUUCAACCAGUGGCAAUGAAAUCUUACUUUGCGAUUUCAAAUUUGCUAGUAAGUUCAAGUUGCAACAAGGAUCAAUUUGCUGUUUGGAAAACCACAAUUCCAAUUCAAGCAAACUAUUCCUCAAUAAAUACUCAAGUAUUAAUUAGCAUUUGAAUCAAUUUCCCACACCUAAGGAUGAUCUAGAGUCCCUAGCUUAUAUAUUGUUAGUGUAUGCAACAAAUUCUAGUAUCUUCAAGAUAAAGGCUGAUAAUAAAGGGCUGAAACUCAAAAAAUUGGAGAACAUUAAAUUAUCGAUGGUACCUGAAAUUGCAUUUAAAUCCGCUCCAAUUGAAUUCAUCCACUUUCUAAACUUAAUUAAGACUAGCAAUGCUAAUGACUAUCCUUAAGAAUAUGAGAAGUUCAAAUCAUUAUUUCGUAAGAUUAUUUAAGCCAAGGGAUACAAUGAAAAAGAUUUAUAAUACACUUUAUUCCAUAUGCAAUUUCAGGAAUCUCAUUCCUAAUAAUAAAAAGUUUAGGCAAGUAGAUUUAAGAAAAUAUCGAAUCGCAAAGAGAGUUCUGAAUAAGAGGCAAUGGAUGAUGAGAUUGUACUAUAGAACCAAUCAUAAAAUCUGUAGGAUCAUAAUCACAUAAAAGCCUAUCUGGUCUUAAUUCACAUAGACUUGAACUUGAAACUUAAAUCAUGA